GUAUCUUUUCACUUCCGACCGACAAUUUUGCUGUAAUAAUUGUGUGUUAAUUGCGUUACUAGUUAGUGUUUGUUGUUUUUCGUGAAUGAGUUUAGUGUGCAGUGGAUUUUUCGCUAAACAUAUGGUAGCAUUCAGAGACGCAAACUCAAUCAAAAUGCAGGUUGGCAAUUAACGUGUGUGCGGGGGUGUGUAUUUAUUAUUCGAAGUGUUUGUGUGUGUGGUGAGUUCAACAGCGAAGUGGAUUCACUUGCAUGGUUUUUCUAAGAAUAAAAGCGCUGCAAUUUAGAAUAUAAACCAAUAUGUCCGAACAACAAGUUGAGGAAAUUAACAGCGAUCGCGUGCAUGAAAGCGUUGUGCGCACAGCAUCCGUGCUGAAUGCUGCGGGUGACGAAAGGAGGUCCUCCACACCGAAUUUCGGAAAUACAAAUCGUUGCGUAAUUGCAGUUAUUGUUUACUUCGCGUUGCUACUGGAUAAUGUACUGCUAACUGUGAUUGUGCCCAUAUUGCCCGAUUAUCUUGCGACUAUAAAUAACAGGACACCGCACACUCAGUUGGAGGCGUUCAACAGUUAUAAUGCUACAACCGCUGCUCUCAGUGUUGGUAUCGCCAGUUCUUUUAUAUCAUCACCCAGCUUAGCUUAUCGUUAUGUUGAUGGUGCACAACAACCCAUACAAACAAUCAUGACGAAACAUCCGAUACCCGGAAAAUCAAUGGUGAAUUUUACGUUGCUGCAUAGCGACGAUAAAGCUAUAUUUGCGCCCGCUGAGCACAAGCAAUUGCGCUACAUUAACGCAGGUACGGGAGGCGCAACAGCUGGAACAAUGACGAAAAGCUCAACCACCGGAAAUACCGCAGGCGCCAGCGGCAUACAAAAAGAGCUCAUUGAAGCGAAUGUUAAGGAUGUUAGUAUUGCCCCAAAUUCCGUCACAACGACGACUAGAACCACCACUGUCAGUGACAUCAAUCAGGUCGGUAAAAGUACGGAUAGACGCACAUAUGAUAACUUGACCAGUGAAAAUAGCUCAAUUGGUAUACUACUAUCGAUGAAGGCUUUAGUUCAGUUAAUAUUCAAUCCAAUUGUCGGCAAUAUGACUGCCAAAGUUGGUUACCGAUUGCCUAUUGUGGCAGGCACAUUUCUGCUACUCUUAUCUUCAUUGGUUUUCUCUGUGGGUGAGACAUAUAUUGAACUAUUGAUUGCGCGCUCUAUACAAGGUGUCGGCUCGGCAUGCAUUGGCGUGUGUGGCAUGAGUUUGGUGGCACAGCACUAUCCAGAGGAGGAGCGCCGCUCUAAAGUGAUGGGCAUCAUUUUGGGUAGCAUAGCCUUGGGUGUUUUGCUUGGGUAUCCUUUUGGUAGCAUACUCUAUGAUUUAAUUGGAAAGUCAGCUCCUUUUAUAAUACUCUCUACGGUAAUAUUUCUGAACUUGGGAAUGCAGCUAUUGAGUAUGGAUCUGUCUGUACAACCCGAGGUCACAACUGAUGCAGACGAGCAACUACCAAAAUGGCGUCCAUUACUGGAAAGCAAAAUGAUACUCGCAAUUGUGGUCGCUAUAUGGUUUUCAACCUCCACCAUGGCCAUAUUGGAACCGUGCUUACCCAUUUGGCUAAUACAGCAUCUGCAUCCCACCAAAUGGCAGUUGGGUACAGUAUUCAUACCAGACUCUGUGGGAUAUUUUAUUGGCACUAAUUUCUUCGGCACAUUCGCAUAUAAAUACGGACAAGUAAAAAUCUCUUGCAUAGCAUUGUUGCUGGUGGGGAUUUCAUCAAUUUCAAUUCCCAGCGCUUCAACAGUCAGUCAACUAUUUUUGCCACAUUUCGGUUUGGGACUGAGUAUUGGUGUAAUUGAUGCAGCACUGGUGCCGCUACUAGCUACCUUUGUUGAUGCCACCUUAGCACAGGAGGAACAAUGCGACAAUGGUGGCGGCGGCGGCGGCGGAAACUCCAUGUCAAGUUAUGGCACCGUUUAUGCCAUACAGCAGACAUCCGUUAGUUUGGCUUAUGGCUUGGCUCCUUUACUGGGUGGUGAGUUGGCGCAAACAUUCGGUUUUCCUUGGCUAAUGCGUAUUGUCGGUUUCUUCAAUAUAUGUUACGGUCCCUUAUUGGUUGUUCUUCAUCAAAAGUAUAAUCCCAAGACCAUACGCGAAAAAAGAAACGAGUUGUUGCUAAAAAGCAGUAGCCGCAACUCCCAGUAUAAACAGCUUUAUAAUUCCAUCGAUAUUGAGUAAAAAAUUGUGCUUGAUGGGUCAACCAUGGACCGCACGCAUAUUUCAAUGGCAUUAUGUUGGAAUUCACUCCACCAAUUUAUUAUUACAAUAAAAAAACAAUAUGUAAAUAUUAAAAUAAAUGCGCAUUGUUGAGUAUAUGCUACAACAUGUUAAAAAUAUACGUAUAUAUGUACGUACAUACAUAAGUUUGACCUCGAUCUGGCUGAUGACCGCCAUAUCUUCCAAAAUUGUUUACCUGUGAAACUAUUUGAUUUAUGUCCCAAGUGCUUAUAUGUAUUGUAUAUCAA